ACCAAAACAAAUCUACGGUGCGCAAUGCGUGCGCUCGUAAUGCUUGAAAUUGCACUAAAUAACAAUGGCAGUCACAAAAGCUGUCUCGGUUUAAAGUACACCAUGUAGGUACAACUCGAGCUGUCCGUCUUAAAGAGCGACUCACCCCGCUGAAGCUCUCACUUUGACCCGCGCACGGUGAGUCUUCUGAUGGAGCAGCUGGAGCGGCUUCCUCCUGAAAUCUGGGUCUACAUAUUCAGCUACCUGUCCACGGAGGAGAAGCACACGGUCCGCACCUGUUGCAGGUUCAUGAAGAGGGUCGUCGACCACCAUUCGCUGUGGAGGGACUACACGGUGGUUCUGUCGGACCUCCGCCGCUACACCUACGGCUUUUGGGACACCCUGAACCACCGGAGGCUCACCCGGGUCGCGGUGCGACGUCUGCGGCGCAAAGAGUGGCGGCGGCUCGUCACCUUCCUGCCCUCCAUCACCGCCGUCGUUUUCGUGGAGGACGGAGGACGGCUGUACAAGGAGAAGUACCUGGACAACCUGUCGCGUUUCCCCGAUCUGCGGGACCUCGGGGUGCGCAACGCAACGUGGGACCAAGGCAUGCUGGGCCAGAGCUUGAGCGAGCACCUGCGGGAGCGACUGACUCACCUGAGCGUGUGUAACGUCCGGCUGCCCUGCACGGUGCAUUUUGUAAGCACCGUGGCGCACCUGGUUAACUUGCGAUACCUGGUCUUUCAUCAGCAGGGGGAGAGCUACUGGCCGGACAGGGUGAGGCCGGUGCCCUGCGACGUGUUCAAUCACCUGCUGCUCAACCUGAAGAAGCUGAGGCACCUGUCCUGGGGGAUGAAGGGGGAGCCGCCGCAGCCUCUGCCCGAUGACUUCUUCAGCCCCGCGGACCCAGAACAGCCAGGAAAGUAUGGCGGCCCGGCGCUGACGAGUCUGGAGCUGCUGGAUUACCCAGAACCCAUCCUUGCAGAGAACGCCCUGAGGAGCCUGACCUCGCUCAGGUCGCUGAUGGUCCGCUACAGUUUCAUGAGGGAGGGCGUCAGGUGUCGCCUCAGGUCCUGGCUGAGUCCUCUCCAGCAGCUGGAGACGCUCACCAUCGUGGGUGGUAACACUCUCGCUUCCUACACUACCACCAUCCCAUCCUCCGUGAAGAGGCUGACGCUGCGUGUGGCUAUAACUCUGAAAGACAUGGACUUGAUCGCGCCUGCUGUCCCGGGACUCAAGCACCUCGACAUCGAGCAGAACCGCUCCACCGGCAACCUCUGCAGACGGAUCCCCAUGUUGUUCCCGCAGCUCAAGUCGCUCAGGAUACGGUUUCACCGUAAAGAACCAGAGAAGGAACUGCUGUGUCUCCACAAGCUGAGACACCUGGAGCGCCUGGAGCUGCUGGUGGAUCGCUCGUUUAUCUUCAGAGAUUACACAAACGGUCCCUCGUGGCCCAGCCCGGGUGUGCAGGAGAUCAUCAAUCAGCUCCAACAGCUGGCCAAUAACAGGAUCACCGUCGUCACCAAGGUGCCCCAGAGAGACCUCCUACGACAGUGUGACUGUUUGUGUGAGGUUGACUGAAGAGGGGACGAUAGGAGAACUAGAAGGAUUUUUUUUUUUUUUUUUUAAUCUUAAAAUUUUUGAGUGUUGAGUGUCAUUUAUAUUAGCUUAAAAUCAGAGAAAAGACUGAAAUGAAUUGAGGUUGUAAAGGAAGUCUGACAUGACAGCACUGAUGACAUAAAGGGUUAAUCAUGUUUUUUUUUUUACUGACAUGGAGCAGCAGUAUUAUCUGGCGAACAGGGCCAUAAAGAAUCAAAGAAAUGAAUGUGCAUCUCUAAUUUCAAGCUGUCUUUGAUGAAGGCUCAUUGUUAUUCUGAUAUGUUAAAUAUAAACCAGUAAGAACCUCAGUCAGUCUAGAGGAAGUCUCACUUACUUUCCUGCUAGAUCUUUUUUAGCUGCAGCUCUCCUCAACAAUACAGGGAGGGACACUAUGUAUUAUAUUCUCUGUUAGGAAUGAUAUCAUGUAAUUAUUCCAAAAGAAAAUGUUACUUUAUAGUUUCAAUCUGUGACUGAAUGUGACAAUAUGAGCUCUGAAAGUUUCUGUGUGGUGUGGAACAUGCAACUUUCCCCUCCAAGUAAUUCACUAAUACACUAAAGUAGUAAAAAAUAGAUUGGGAAUGAAAUGGCAAUGAAUUAUGGAAUUAUGUAAAAGAACAAGUGGUUUCAUAGUGUGGCUCGAAGUGAAUAUUUAGUGUAUUAUAAACACUGAUUGUUCAACAAUAACUGAGAGAAACGGAAUUAAAGAAAAUUCUUCCAGUUGUUUUUUUAUUUUCUUCACUCAAAUAAAAGUGAAGGAUCAAG